GCUAAGUCUUGGUCUCCUUAGCAAUUUCCUUCUCCAGCUGCCCAACUCAGUUCCUCAUUUCUCUCAUCCAUGGCUUCCAGUGAUUCAAGUCCCAACACAACCACCAUCCCAAUCUUCAUCUCUGCUAAUUCGCUCCACUCCAUCCUAACCCACAACUCCCUGAUCCAACACUUCCAGUCUUCUCUUCCGAAAGUCUCACCGACAAUCCACACACCAAUCCGUCAAAGCUUCGAAGUUUCACCUUCCUCCUCUCUCCUUCUCAUGCCCUCUUGGUCCUCCUCCCCUUCUUUUCCCUACAUGGGUGUCAAACUUGUCACUUACUUCCCUCAAAACUCCACCCUAAACUUGCCCGGAAUUCACGGAAGUUACGUGCUCUUCAGCUCAUCCACUGGCCAAACUUUGGCCUCCAUGGAUGGCACUGUGCUGACUCUUUAUAGGACAUCAUGUGUAUCUGGCUUGGCUUCAAAGUUCUUGGCUAGAAGUGAUAGCAAAGUCCUUGUUAUGAUCGGUGCAGGCGCUUUGGCUCCCCAUUUAAUCAAGGCCCAUUUAGCAGCUCGGCCAAGUUUGCAGAGAGUAAUAAUUUGGAACCGAACGAUGAAAAAAGCGAGGGACUUGGUUGAGGAUUUUAGCAAGAGUGAUGAAUAUAAGGGGGUGUGUUUCGACAGUAAUGAAAAUUUAGAGGAAAUUGUUAAAAUGGGUGAUAUUGUGAGUUGUGCAACGAACUCCCAGGUGGCAUUAGUGAGAGGUGAGAAAUUAAAGGUGGGAGCUCAUCUGGAUUUGGUUGGAUCAUUUAAGCACAGUAUGAGAGAAUGUGAUGAUGAGGCCUUAAGAAGAGGGAGGGUUUUUGUGGAUAAUGAGGGGGCAUUUGUUGAAGCUGGUGAACUUGUGGGUGCUUUUAAAAGAGGGGUGAUAAAAAAGGAAGAUAUUGUGGGAAAUUUGGUGGAGUUGAUUGAUGGGACAAAAACUGGAAGGAAAGAUGAUAAGGAGAUCACAGUGUUCAAGUCUGUUGGCUCUGGCAUAGUGGAUGCUCUUGCAGCUCAAAUGGUAUAUGAAAAUUUACAAAAACUUGCAUGAAUGAUUAGUAUCAAAAGUCAUUCAAAUAUUCAGUGUGCUAAUAAUGUCCAGUUACAGUUGAUGAUAAUGUGAGAUCACUCCUAGUAAUAAUUUUAUUUGUUUUAAGCUUAAUAUUAUUAUC